AUGAAUGUAUUGGAUUUACCUGAUGAAAUCAUUGAACAGAUCUGUUCCUACAUUUCACCUGUUCAGUUGUGUUUAUCAAGAUGGGAUAAGAUCAGCAAAGGAUUCAGAGAUGUGCUACAGCAAAUAUAUAAGAGCUGUCGUAUACUGGAUACAAUUACAGGGCAGGAUUUCAGAUUUUUCGAACAGUUCUGUUUGCCUCAAGCUUAUGAAGAUAAGAAUGUUUGUCAACGAACUGAGAUUUGUGGAACUGUCGGUGACACUGUCACCAGAUAG